ACAACAAUGAUAGAUGUUUAUGAGUCCGUUUGUAGAAUCGGUUUCUCAUUAAGUGGAUCUCCGUAGAUCCGUCAGUCGGACACCCGUCGAUCUUUAGCGGCAGCGUCCGAUCUGUUGUCGGGAUCUCCCUGUAGCUCCAAACCGAAGGCUGGGAGGACAGGGAAUUCCUGUCUCCAACUUUGGGAUUUUAUAAAUUGCACGAAUAGAGCUGAGAAAAUGAUGCAGGAAAGCGGCAUUGAGUCUAGAGCUCUGGUGAACCCGACCGCUGGAGCCAGCAGUCCACCCUCAACUUCUGUUCCCUCGUCUUGUCCACCACUUGCAUCUUCCAUCAUACCCCUCACAUCUGCUGGCACAGUAGCCCCUCCCACUGGCAUUCCUGUUUCUAGCACCUCCACGAGUUCAGGAUAUGACAUCACGUGGGGUCAUGGCGGCCAAGCCCCUCAGAUACCGCUCAUGCCAGCGUUCUCCGGUCCUGCCACCAUGCCAGGAGUUUUGUCUAAUCCAAUGGUACAGCAGCCAGUCAUGACAGGAGGCAUAGAUGCUGGAUCCUCGAUAACCUUUCCAGAAGACCAAGACGACCCCAAAGAGCCUGAUCAUAUCACCAGUCCUGGAGGCAUAUGGGGGUUUUUCAAGGGAGUUGCAGGAAACCCUGUUGUGAAAACGGUCCUCAAUAAAACCAAGCACUCAGUGGAAUCUAUGAUCACUACUCUCGACCCUGGCAUGGCUCCGUUUAUCAAGUCUGGAGGGGAUAUUGAUAUUGUGGUUACAUCAGACAAGGAGAUAAACGUUGAAGCUGUCAGAGAUGCCUUCCAGGAGGUGUUUGGAAUGGCAACUGUCAUUGGAGAGGCUGGCCUGUCCAACAGUGCUCCACAGCCAGUGGGCUAUGCAGCGGGUGUUAAGGGAGCUAAAGAGCGCAUCAAGAGCUUGCGCCAAGGCAGUAUCAUCCACAAAAAUCAGCCGGUCGUCUCUUUGGAGAACUUCAUAGCAGAGCUUUUUCCUGACAAGCUCAGUCCCUGACCCCUCCAGACUACAGUCUGCGCUGGUCUGGUCUUUCUGUCACAGUGGGCGAGGUUCUGGAGCGCAGCUUACCUAACACCAACAGAACAGACUGGUAUCACGCUGUGACUGGGAUGAGCAAGCGGGAAAUGAUCCGAAGUGCAGCUAAAGCUCUAGCUGGGCUCUACAAACAGCAGCUGCCCCCCAGGACUGCAUGAGCACGAAGGAUUCUGGUCGUGUCACAGAGAAAGGUUUAGACACCAGAGAAGAAAUCAGCCAGAGGGGGAGAAAAUGUCCUAAAACUGAUCUUAUUUUAUAAAGCAUACAUACUUACAGUUUUUUCCACUGUUACAAAUGUAAAGGUGUCCUCAGCAGGUCUUCCUGAAUCUCUCUAAAUGCUCCCAUGUUUUAUUGCAAUUAUUUCUAUUAAAUUACAUUGGUUUUUUUUUACUUCUCAAAAUGUGAUUUCAUAUUUUAAUGUUUAGUUUUACUAAACAAACUUAUGUCAUUGUAGAUCAUUUCUUAAUUGUGUUAUUCUCUGAAAUUCUUUUGCACAAAGUACAAAUCUGCUUCCUAAACAAAUUUAAAUCAUGUCAAAUAAUCUAGGAAAACACAUCAUUGUUUUCUCUUUUUUAAUGUGUUUUACAUUUUUUUCUAAAUCCAUACUCCAGCAUGUAUCUCAUUUUUCAACACUUUAAAAUAUAAUUCUAGAUCUGUAAUUAACAUAAUUGUCUGUUUUUUACAAAUAAAUCCUGCAUUGCAAAGUU